GUCAAUUGUCAAACACUUUUUUACGUGCUGAUAGAAUUAAUGUAAUUUGCUUAAAAAAUAAAUAAUAAUUCAUUAAAAUAACUGUUAAAUAUGUUAUAAAUUCUAUUUUACUUAAAUAUUGUACAUAGUUAUAUGUUAAAAGUGUCUUGCGCGAUAUGUUCGAAAAGAAAUAAUGCCCUCGGGACAGUAGUCUUUUUAUCAUGAAAUCCAAUAAAAUUUUGUUGUGCUCAACAAAAUGAUCGAAUUAUGACGUGUUGUAGUGCAUUUUAAGGACAUUAUCUCGGUAUUGAAGAAAUAACAAACAAAAUGGAGGGUCAGCUGCCGAUGUACGACGCGGACGGGCAGGGCGUCUCCUUCGAUCCGAAGUACGCGGAGCAAUAUCAAGCGCUCAAAAUGGAGGAGCAGCAGUACGCUCAAAUGGACCCCCAGGGCUACGGCGAUCAGAAAAUGGGCGAGCUCCCCGGGCCGGUGGAGCCGAAAAUCGAGCCGGAACCCGGCAAACCCAUCCGCUUCAUCAGCGUCAACAGCUCCGAGCUCACUGAGGAGCAGCGCGCGAUGUACGAGUCCGUGCUGUCCACCUGGAAGCCCAUCAUGUUCCCCAAACAGAUGAAGAGAUACAUAUGCGAGAAGUGCAACAAGGAAUUCAAGAACUACCAGAACCUGUACCUGCACACCACGCGGGUGCACUCGUCCGAGGAGUCUGCCGUGCUGUGCGACAUAUGCGACAAGUCGUUCAAGAACAAACACUACCUCUACAUGCAUCGCAUGAACAAGCACUACUCGGAGACGGAGAAGUGCUACUGCCAGUUCUGCCUGCAGGAGUUCCGGACGCGGCGCGCGCUGCACAUGCACGUGAAGCGCUUCCACCCGAGCACCCUGCCCGAGAUCAAGUGCCACGAGUGCGGCAAGGAGUUCAGCGUGCCCUACAAGCUGCGCUACCACAUCGAGGCGUGCCACAACCAGGACAAGAACAAGUUCAAGUGCCACAUCUGCCAGAAGUUCUACAAGAGCCACUUGAACCUCAACAGGCACCUCCACUUCCAGCACUCGCAGGUGGAGCGGCACCCGUGCGUGUUCUGCUCGAUGACGUUCAAGUCGCGCCACCACAUGAAGCGGCACAUCCUCAACAUCCACCCGCCGCUCGAGUCCAAGGUGCAGUGUCCGGAGUGCCUCAAGGAGUUCAAGAACGACCAGUACCUGAAGGAGCACAUGCAGGUGCACUCCUCGCUGGACACGAAGGUGAAGUGCGACCUGUGCGACAAGUUCUUCCAUUCGGCGGUGCGUCUGAAGAAGCACAAGAAGAUUGUGCACCCGGACAAGCCGAAGAUACGCUGCGAGAAAUGCGACAAGGAGUUCGCGCACGCGCACUACCUGCGCCGCCACAACAACUCGGUGCACAUGGAGCUGGACGAGAGCCAGUACGAGCACGAGUGCGACCAGUGCGGCAAGAAGUUCAAGAUCAAGCGCUACCUGAACAACCACCUGCAGCGGCACGAGCAGCAGCACCUGAAGCGCAUAUCGCAAAUGGUGAAGACGGUCAUGGACGACGGCCAAGAGAAGGUCGCCAAGAAGAGGGGCAGGCCGCGGAGGGCCAAGGAGGUGAGGAAGGAGAUUGAGUUCGUCAAGUGCGAGCCGGUCAGCUCUGAAGAGGAGACUGAGGAGAGCGAAUCGGAUUCCGAAUGAGCUAUCAGCUACGGUCCGCAGUCGGUCAACGCAGAUCGACUAGUGGGGGGGGCGGGGGUCGAGCCCCAUUAGAUUAAUAUCCGGUCUUUAUAUCCAAUCCCUGGAUAUAUUAACGAAUAAAGCUAACGACGGUUCUGAUGAUGUUUAUGGGAAUAUAUGAGGAAUUCGAUGUGAACGGCUGGUCGUUUAAUAGUUUCGAAGUGGUACAUUUUUAACGCGUUUUUAAAUUACUUUCAAUGAAUUCUACACCGAUGUAGAUUAGAAUAGAUUCCGUUUUAAUUAAGUGUCAAGGUGGGCGUGGCCUUUUGCCCGCAACGUGUCGGAAUUUUUUGGAUUCAGCGAGUAAGACAGGUGUUCGUGGCCUGACAUGUAGGUAUAUAGUGUUUUCUUGUAUUUGAAACGCGAUUUACUCAUUAAUAUAGUUCACUAAUGUUCGAAAAGUCGGAUUAAAUAAUAUAUUGAAUAAAUCGCAGUUUAAAAUCCGCCAAAAAGUCUUAAAUUUCGAAAUGUUGGUACUUCACAUAAUUGUCUCUAAACAAAUGAAUCGGCAAGAAAACAUGUGAAACACGUCAUAUCUGUUUAGUAUAUUUGCUAAUCGUUAAUAUCGUUUCAUUACUUUAAUAACAUUUAGGAACAUCUAGCAUUUUCUCUAUAUAUUGCGUCUAUUUUUGUUUCUAGCGCAGAAUCUUUUUCCAUAAACUAUAAAACACCUAAAUAACUAUCGUUUGUAUCGCUCUGUCUCUUUCAUGAAAUUUUAAAACUUGUUCCAAAUUCAAAUUGAAUGAAAGCUUUUAGAAUUGUCUUCGACUCAACAAAACCUAAAAGAGAUAGACAUAGUUUGAAAACACAAGCCAUCCCUUUCGCACUUAGCGAGAGGUUGCGCGACAGAAAGAAACGGGCAUAGAAUCGUUUCGUAUUUCGAAUUGUUAAUUCAAUUUCGUUUUAAAACAUCGCGAGUAAAUUUUACUAUUUUUGAAUAUGUAAUAUUCUGGAACAUUUAAGCUUAUGUUACUACAUUAUAAUUUUAUAAAUGUAAAUAUUAAUUAUAUUAUAAAAAUAUAGUGUGUAUGUGAAACUUUUGUUAAAUACGUAUGUAUUUAGAGAGAAAAACCAUUCUUUUUAUGAUUUUUCGGUUUUUCUAAAGCGAUUAUUUGAUAUAGAGAACACAUUUGGUAACAUCUUAUGAGGGAUCAUUAUAAGGGCCAUUGGGGUUAUUAGAGUUUUUUUAAAAUGUUCAAUUUUAAAUGUAUUUAAAGCAAGAUGUACUUUAGAUUUUGUGUUAUUAAAUAAAAGAUUCUAUUUUCGGCAACGUGAUUAUAUUUAAUAUAUACAGGGUUUAUUUCAAUUGGUUUUUUUUUUUUGUUUAGGACAUUUUCGGAAAACAGAUAAUUUUUGUUUUAUUUGAUGAUAUACAUUAUCUUCACACAGAAAAACUAUUUAAUGGAUAAAAUUUAAAAACUAUCUUAUGCUUCAUCAAUUCAAUUUCAUUUAUUAUGCUUUAUUUGAUAAAAUACAGUGUAUAAAGAUAAAACACAAGACUAUAUGGUCUAGUUUCACAACUGGCUGAUAGAGUCGCUGAUAGCUUAUUAUUCAUCAAUUUACCUACAGACACGCUGAACAGAACUAAUCCAGCGUCCAGAAAUCAUGAAAUUUGUUAAAUAUAUAUAACAUUGCGAUAUAACGCAACAUAGAACGGGACCGCUCCGAAAUUUAUUACAAGUUUAGAAUUUAAAACGCAAUAAAGAAAGGUGUGGAAAACUUAAAACGUUCGAUUUUGCAAGUAACUCCGUCAGCGCAAUCCAUGUCUGUAUGGCAUAAUACGUUUAUCUAAAUAUAAUGUAGUGUGGUAAUACGAAUAUUGAAUAAAUGAAAUCUCAGACUUUAAUUCAACAAUGUGCCUGUAUACAUAAUAAUAAUAAACGUUAAUUAUAGAAUUCCGAAUUACAGCGUCAUCGCUUGUAUAUCUCGUCCAGAAACGAAAUAGAGAAACAUACUCUCACUCUGUGUAAUUCCAUAAGUGAGAAAGAGAUGCAAGUAGGGUGACAUUCGACAGACGACGUAAUAGUAUGUUAUUCCAUAUUUAAAAAAGCGCGCGAUAUUCGAUAUUUUCGUGGCAGCGCAUCGUAACGAAAGUUUAGCCGUAAACAAGUCUGAGGUUUUAUUUAUAAUAUUGUAUCGAUAUUUGCUAAGGUAAAAUAUUUCGCAUUGUUACAUUUAUACACUAUUGUUCCCUAAUAUUUUUUAAAUAUUUGUACAUAAUUUAGAUUUUAUUAGUGAAAUGCAUUGUCAUGUUCGAUAUAACAGACGGUAUCUACAUAAAGUUUUCAUAUUUAGAACUUAAAUAUUGUAGAAUAAAAAGGUUUCGGCCAAUGUUUACCAUAGACACGAUGUUUUUUUUUUUCACAAAUAAGGCGGUGUUUAAAGGACUUUUUGUUAAAUUGUUGAAUUACUACAGAAUAUGUUUUGUACACAUAUUAAUGAAUACAUUUUUUUUCAAGAUUCCAAUUAUAGUCAUCACGCGGUAAGUCCACUAGGUACUAACAUACAGUACCGUUUACUCGGCUUUUGUAACUUCAAAAAGUAUCGUCUGAAAUAACAUAUUGUAUAUAAUAUUGACAUCGGAUACACCAAAAUGUUAUUUUGUUUUUGGUUAUUUUAAAGCGAAAAACAAUACGUAUAACGUCAUAAUAAUUAAAAUGACAUUCUCAUACGCGUGAAAUGUCAUUAUAUCUGUGGAUAGUGGGAAAUAUAGUGAUACAAGGAUUUUUUGGCGCGUGGCGAUAUUCAGAACUAAUGCCAUCAAAUAAAACGUUAAUUUAUACGUUGUGUUCCCUAUUCUCAAUAAUUUACUUUUACUUUUCCCAUUACAAUAACUACAAACUGCCUAUAUGAUUCAACAAUAAUCGCGACGUCCACGUUCACUCACUACACCUUCUGAAGACAAAUAAGUUAUAAAAAAAUAACAGAUUCACGGCUGCGUUCUGAAUUUAUCUGAAACAAUUGUUUUGCAUCGACAAAUCCUAUUUCAAUACCUACGCUCCUCUGGCAGUGACGUCCAAGCGCCGAAAGAUCCUUGUAGAUAAACCUAUAUUCGUUAAAAAGUAAUUAUAUCUUGAAUAAUUUGAUAGCUCACUCUUGUUUAUUUUUUAUGUAUGUUGGCUGUUCGAUUUUUAUUUUAUUGUUGGGCACGACAAUCGCAGUUGUGGUCCUGGUGAUUUCUUAGUCUCGGAAUGUUCGAUAAAUUGCUAAAACAUCUGAUAUCUAACGAAAAUAAACUAGAAAUCGGACGGUUAAAUCACAGAAUCGUUUACUUAAAUCAAAUUUAAUAAUAAUUACAUCAAGUAAAAUGUAUACUGUAUAAAUAAUAAAUGGGAGAGUAUUUCAUAAUGCCCGCGAAGGAAACGAGUCUGUUUUAAGUGUCGAAUCUUAAACCUGACCAAUACCGCCAUAGGUAAUCUUUUUUACAUAGUAUCGAUCAAAAACUUUGUUAUCAUUGUAGAUACGCGGGUAUUACGAAAGAUGUCCCUAUACUUAACUUUUUAAUUAUACCACAGCGUUUUAAAUGUACAAAUGAUAAUGAAAUUUUCAUGGCAAUUACGUUUUCCAAUAUUUUGUAUUUAAAGUUUACACACUGUCGGUGUUUCAGUCAUUUUUUUAGUUGAAGCGUGUAAAGUGAGCACGGUUUAAAAUUUCAAAAUGAUUUUUUAUCUGUGGCUUAUGUCAGUGUCAUUUGAAAGGCGCGUAUGCGGGUUAAUUUAUAAUUAUUUAAAUUUAAUGAUUGGCGGUAAAACAAUGACUCCAACACCAUGGUGUUUAUUUUAUUAUUUUAUAUUUGAAAUUACGUAUAGUUGUAAGGUUUUAAAUUUUGUAAAUAAAGAGUUUUAUUAUUGUGCAAAUAAACGGUUAUUUGAAGCAA